AUGGCUACUACACUAGAACAAACGCCAAUACGGCCGUUUGAGUCUGAGAAGAUAGCUUUCCCCUUGCUGUCCUUCGAGCAGUUUGAUCUUCCAUCAAGCAAUCAACGGAUACUCGGACCACCGCACCCGGAGGGCACCGUGACACCACUAGCCCUACGGCCGUCGACUCCUAACGACGCGGCGCUUGACCUCGACACUGUUAUUGAAACGGUGAGGUAUCUCCAAGCUCAGGGUGAUAUUUUGACGAAGAAACUGGCAGUUCAUGGGACGCUACUUUUCAGGGAUGAGAUCAUCGGAAUUGUAGUAGAUAGGCCCUUACUUGCACCUAAUGUCGCUCCAGCCAACGAGUCGCCCAAGGAAGUCCUCAUCUACAACCAUAACGAAUCUCCCCAAGUCCCUCACGCCCCCGAGUACGUGUUCUUCUACGGCCACAAGGCGCCCGAGAAGGGCGGGGAAACGCCCAUAUCCUCGUCGCUGGAGCUCUUCCGCCGCGCGCAGCAAGAGGUCCCCGAGUUAGUAGACGAGCUCGCGAAGAAGGGCAUCCUUAGCAAGGUCACGUACAAGACCGAGAGGCAGUACGCCGGCGGGUCGACGCUCAGGCAGGCCUUUGGCAAGGCGAUCGAGGACGGAGACGACGAGGCUGCCAGGCGCGCCAAGGUCGAGGCGCAGAUCGCGCGGUACGCCCGCGGCCCGCACACGACGUGGGAGUGGACGUCCGACGGGAUCGUGCUGACGCACCGGCUGCCCGCGGUCCGGACGCAGCCGGGCACGGGGCUGCCGACGCUGUUCACGGGGCUCGCGGCGUACUACAAGAACACGCGGGCGAGCGCCGCGGGGGCAGCGGCUUCGGCUUCGGCUUCCGGGCGGAAGAACGUCACGCAGCAGCUGUACGGGGACGGGACGCCGAUCCCGGAGGAGUACCUGGCGGCGCUGGCGAGGAUCACGGACGAGAUCCGCGUGCUGCACAAGUGGCAGCGGGGCGACGUGCUCGUGUACGACAACAUCGUCGCGCAGCACGGGCGGGAGCCCUGGCAGGGCGAGCAGUCGGACCGCGUGGUGAUGGCGAGCUUGUUCGACGGCCAGGUUCCUGGGGCGUAUAGCUCGGAGGACUGGGCGCAGGUCGUUCAGGCUCUAGAUGGGUAGCUAGGUACGUUGCAUGGUUUAUAGCAUUUAAUUAAUGCUGAGAGUGUGAUAGAUGUUGUAGUCGUAUCUUCACGACAUCGUUGAAGUAAGACUGACUUGGCAGAAGUAGGUAAGGGAAAACUGAAAUCUAUUUGCUGUUAUAU